AUGAGGGCCUUCACAGCUGCCGCCGUGCUUCUCCUGGCCGCCGCCGCCGCCGCCGGCGCCACCGUCCCCGCGGCGGACGACGUCGCCAGGACUCCUCAAACACGGUCUCAGGCCAAUAUGAACGAUUACUUCGAUUCACUAACUGGACAAAUUUCUCAAUUCUUCAUUCUGAAUGGACUGGACCCGAUGCCGUUGCCUGAUCAAGAGAGCGGUUUCAGUGUGAAAGACCUGAUCGGCAUCCGCUGGCACGGCGAGCUGGAGCUGACCAAGGGCUGGAUGAUCAACCUGUCGCACCUGGUGCGCCGCAACGACGCCACGCUCUCCUACGACCACAAGCUGCUCGACGUGCGCUUCGAGCUGCGCUUCGACAGCGUCCAGAUGUCGUACGACUUCCGGGCCCAGAUCAUGAACAUUGGGCCCAAGGGAACCGUCAUUGGUAAAUUGAAGAAGCUUCAGAUUCUUAUCGAUUUUAUUGUCGAUAUUGAAACUCUGGAUAUUUACGUGCAAGAUGUUCAUUUUACGAACACCGGGCGCCUGACGGUGCACGUGGAGUCGGCGGGCCUGCUGGACUUCAUCACCAACGGCAUCAUCAACACCGUCACGCUCAUCUUCAAGGGGCUGAUCGUGGACGUGGUGGAGGUGGCGGUGCGCUCGGCCUUCGAGAACACGCUGGAGAACCUCCACUUGGGCGACUACAUCCUGGGCGGGAAGCGCAACUGAGCGCGCGCCCGCCGCGUCCAACCUCACUCCUCACCUCUCUGUUCCGAUGGGAAACCAAUAAACAUUUCUACUCUUUUUAA